AUGGCAGCUGCCUCUGUGACCACUCCGAAAAAGAGCCACCAUGGUCUCUUUUCUUCUAAGACUGCAGGGGGUCGAAUGCCUUUGACUCCUUCUCCCCACACUUGCUCUGUUGCUACUCCCCAAGCAUCAAUCAAUGAAUCACCGUUCACCCCGCCACGGGCUUCAGAGGCUAGUCGCGGCCAGUCUCAAUCAAUCUAUGGCGGUAACCUGUCGUCAAUUUUUGCGAAGUCCGCAACCUCAAAGUCUUCCACAACUGCAAAGUCCUCCUCCACAGCUACCAAGUCCUCCUCCACAACUACAAAAGCCUCUUCCUCAACUACAAAAUCCUCUUCCGGGCCUACAAAAUCCGGCUCCAUUUCCAAGGCACCUCGUCCAACACACCGCGAUUCGCCAAAGUCCAACAUCGCUCGUCGCAAGUGCAAGUCGCCCAAGCACCUGGAGCUGGGUGUCUCAGAUUGGUCACUGACUGGUACCGGUCCUUCAUCCUCCCAAUCUCCAGCUAAAGAGCGUGUGCGUCGAGAAGUUCCUGUGACCCGAGCCCGCCCUGCAAAGACCACCGUCCGCAUUCCUCACAACUCUGGCGAUCGGUUCAUUCCCAAUCGCACUGCCAGCGAAGGGCUUGUUACCACCGGUGCUGCUAAGCCUGAUGACAACCAGCGCCCCAAGAGUGGAGUGAGCGAAGGUUCCGGAUCUAGUGUUCUUUCCUCUGCCGCUAGUGCGUUCGAUAUCAACGGUCGUGGAGCCGAGGAUGAUCUAACAGCUGCGCUUGAGAGCCUGGGUUUGGAAGACAAUGAGUCGUCUACUUACACUCGACCGGCACCUGACAAGGUCGCUUAUGAGUCCUCUUUGGCAAACGCCUGUGAUAUCAGCCUUAACACUCGUAUUCUUGCAUUCAAGCCUCCUCCACCAGAGUCUUCUAAGCCCAUCGACCUUCGUGCUCAAUACAACCGUCCGCUUCGUCCUGCUAAAUCCAACGCUGCUCAGUUCCGUCGACGCGUUCAGACGGCUCCCGAGCGUGUUCUGGAUGCACCAGGUCUGCUCGACGACUACUAUCUCAACUUGCUGGACUGGAGCUCUGGAAACCAGGUCGCUAUUGGCUUGGAGCGCAAUGUCUAUGUCUGGUCUGCGGAGUCUGGCUCUGUGAACUGCCUUCUAGAGACGUCUCCCGACACAUAUGUAAGCAGUGUCAAGUGGAGUGGCGAUGGCGCCUAUGUUGGUGUUGGGUUGGGAACCGGUGAGGUUCAAAUUUGGGAUGUUGAGGAGGGUACCAAGCUGCGCAGUAUGCACGGACAUGAUUCUCGUGUUGGUGUGAUGGGCUGGUCUAAACACACACUGUCAACGGGUGCCCGAAGUGGUCUUGUAUUCAAUCAUGAUGUCCGCAUUGCGCAGCACAAGGUCGCUGAGCUUGUCUCUCACACCUCGGAGGUUUGUGGUCUCGAGUGGCGCUCAGAUGGUGCCCAGCUUGCCACUGGUGGUAACGAUAAUCUGGUCAACAUCUGGGAUGCCCGCUCGCUCAGUGCUCCCAAGUUCACCAAAACCAACCAUCGUGCUGCUGUCAAGGCUCUUAGCUGGUGCCCCUGGCAACUCAACCUUUUGGCAACCGGUGGUGGCUCCUACGAUCGUCACAUCCACUUCUGGAACACAACAACCGGUGCUCGCACUAACAGUAUCGACACUGGCUCUCAGGUAACCAGCCUCCGGUGGAGCAACCAUUACCGCGAGAUUGUCAGCUCAAGCGGCUUUCCUGAUAACUCCCUUAGCAUUUGGAGCUACCCUACCUUGGUGCGCAACGUGGAAAUCCCCGCACACGAAACCCGCGUUCUACACAGUAGUCUCAGCCCUGAUGGCCAGAUGUUGGCGACCGCCGCAGCAGAUGAGAGCUUGAAGUUCUGGAAGGUCUUUGAGCGCAAGCCUGGUAGCAGUGCCUCGGCAUCUCGGGAAGGAGGUGUUAGUAGCAAGGCCCAACUGACCAAGGCCAUGACCAUCCGGUAG